AUGUCAACGACACCAGAGCAGAAACUUGUCGAGCUGACCAAAAGAACCGGCCAUAUCGACGAGGCCAAAAUUACAGCCGUAUAUGAUCAGCUGAAGCCAGUGACGAGAGAGUUCCUCCUCGGGGAGUGGAAGGGUGGCAGUUUCGACACAGGUCACUCAACACACAAACUGCUGGAAACCAAUAACUGGGCCGGCAAGAACUUUCGUUCUGUGGAUGAUGUAGAUCCAAUUGUGCUCUACGAGGAGGAAGGAAAACGGGUUUGGUGCGAACAGUAUGGGCAUGCGCAAUUGCGGGAAGUUAAGUACCGUGGAAUCGUUUCGGCUGCUAUGAUCUACGAUAAUUUCCCUAUUAUUGAUACUUUUCGAUAUGUCUCGCACGAUGUUGUGGUCGGAGCCAUGGAUAACAAGUUGACGCCUGAUGAGGGAACAUAUUUCUUUUACCUUACAAAGAUCAAAUGA